AUGUGCGGGAUAUUUGCCUCGCUGACUGCUGGGCAGGCGAGACCGCCGGAUGAACGUGCUGUCGCGCUGUUGAAGGCGCGGGGACCGGACAGCUUUCGCACCGUUUCAGUUGCCGUCAAAGCUGCCCAGACCGAUGCCAUUCCCAGUCGCCCUACUAGCACCUUCACGCUUACCUGUUGUUCGAGUGUGUUGGCACUCAGGGGCGACUAUGUGCAACAGCAGCCACUUGUGGACGAUGCAACGGGCUCGAUUUUCUGCUGGAAUGGCGAAGCGUGGAAGAUGAAGGGCCACAUCAUACGGGGCAACGACUCUAUUCGUGUCUUUCGGGCUCUACUCGAUGCAUGCUCGAGCCAGUCACCUGCUAAUGCAAUUGUCGAAGCGCUGACGAGCAUCACAGGGCCCUUUGCGUUCCUCUUUUACGAUGCCAAGUCCGCCACUGUGUACUAUGGGAGAGACCGUCUCGGACGGCGGUCGCUUACGCUUCACGGGGAUGUCCAGGCCGGCCUGACACUUUGCAGUGUCUCCGCAUCGACACUGUCUGCGACUGAGGUUGACACCGGCUUCACCUACGCGCUGAAUGUUGUGGAUAAUGAAAUCCGAACAACGAAAUUGAGCUGGUCCUCACAUCCACUUUCGACUAAUGCAGUUUUGCCCAGUACUCGACCCGAUGUCUCUAUACAAAGCGCCACAGUCGACAAAUUAUUGCACCAACUCUCUGCAUCGCUGAAGCUGCGAGUACAAAACGUCCCGAAUCACGGCAAGCUUCACUCAACACCCGAAUCUGCACGCAUUGCGGUGCUUUUCUCUGGCGGCCUCGAUUGCACACUCCUGACGCGACUUCUCCACGAUCUUCUACCAUUUGAAGAUUCAAUUGAUCUGCUUAACGUGGCAUUCGAGAAUCCGCGGACAAUGAAAGCACACACUGCAGAAAUCUCGCCAUUCGAGAUCUGCCCAGAUCGUCGAACGGGACGCGCAUCGUUUGCUGAACUCACCCAAACAUGUCCAAAUCGAAGGUGGCGGUUCGUCGCUGUUGACGUUCCUUACAGCUCGACUCUUGAGCACAGAGCAAGCAUUGUCGAGCUGAUGAAGCCACACAACACAGAAAUGGAUCUCUCUAUCGCUAUGGCCCUAUAUUUCGCCGCCCGAGGAUCUGGUACUGCGUACUGCUCGACGGAUAUGGACCGGCCAGUCCCCUCAUACACGACUCCUGCGCGUGUCUUGCUUUCCGGUCUUGGGGCAGAUGAGCUGUUUGGAGGGUACUCGCGACACGCUGCAGCCUUUAGUCGCGCUGGCUUUGCAGGUCUCAUUGCAGAGCUGGAUCUAGACUACCAGCGCAUUGGCCAGCGCAACCUUGGACGAGAUGACAGAGUGAUAAGUCACUGGGGUAAAGAGACGCGCUAUCCUUUCUUAGACGAAGACUUUGUGGAGUUUACGCUAUAUCUACCGGUAUGGGAGAAGUGUGGCUUCCGAUCAGACAAGUCGAUACCCAAGCACUACGAAGACGUUCCAGCCGCAGUAGCUCCUACUGACUUAGAGCCAGCGAAGCUACUUUUGAGACUGGCAGCUUGGCAGCUAGGAAUGAGAAAGGUGGCAGCUGAGAAGAAGCGUGCAAUUCAGUUUGGCGCACGAACCGCUAAGAUGGAAGCCGGCGGUGGGAGGAAAAAGGGCACAGACGCGCUCCAGGUUCAGUGA